AUGGGUCGUCCGUGCAAAAGACGUGCAGCUGCCCGGCAGCGUGAGGCACAGAAGAAAAUCAAGGUGAAUAUCGAUGAUCCACUAGCCUGGACCUUUCAGGAUCCGUGGAGGACCGUCCAAGAGGUAUAUCAAUCAAAUUCAGUAGUGCAGGAUGUCACACAACCGACAGCACCGAUCGCUGUGCCGGAGAAUGUUUUUCCGCUGCCUCCGGAGCCAUCACCAUUGCCAGAAAUACCGAUGCCUGAAACGGAAAUCCAGCCGAGCUCCGCAGUUCGUCCAAUGCUGCUGAAUGAAUCGCUGAUGCUGUCAGAUUCCUGUUUUUCGUCAUCCACAUCUGCACCGCUUUCCGCUCUUCCGUUAGAUCCAAUGGCAUUGCGACAGGAGUUAGAUGGGCCAUCAUUAGGAGUAUUCCCGGUAUUGGGAGAGGAACGACCGGUUUCAUUUGAACCCCGAUUUGAAUCAUCUGCGCGGCCACAUGAUUAUAUCCCACAUUCGACGGACACGUCGGCCACAGGAUUGCAUACCACAUUCGACGGACACGACAGUAGCACUACCCAGGAAUUAACUGUUGGCUCCAUGCCAGUAUUAGGACCCCUAAGUACAUUUGGUUGUGCGAGUGGAACGGACCGUUCAACUGUUGGAACGCAUAAAACAACACCUCAGAAUAUCAAUCUGGUUCGUUCAAGUACCCUAAUAGUGGAAAUUCCUGGUCUACCUGCGGGGAAAGUGUGCAACACAGGUCUAGACUGCUACUGUGCUGCAUGUCUGAAAUGGGAUACCGUGGCCACCAAACCAGCAUAUAGCACGAACAUCGAACGUAUGUCGGUUGAGGAAUCAAGUGAGGCCGUAUCGAUGAAGAAGGUUUACGGUACGCUUCGCAACAUGAAAGCCACUUGUCGAUUUAUCAACAAAUCGAAAUGCACAUUGCGUCCUGGAAAAAAAGUGCUACGAAAGGUGUCCAAACAUAUUUCAGUAAAGAGGUAUAGAAUAAGGAACGUUAGGGUAAGUGUGCCAGUGGUGGAUGUACUAUUAUUAAUGAUUAUUUAAAUAAAGUUAAUAAAGACAUGAUGUAGUGAAAGCGUUCUACUUCGGUAACAUUGUUUA